CCGGCGGCAGCCCGCAGAGUUACCGCGCACUUCACCUUCACCUUCACCAUGGAUUCCGGGCUCGCUUUGGCCUCGCCCUCGGCGCGCAUUAACUCGCCCAACCACAAUCUCAAGCACGGCAGAGGUGAAUGAGCCUUUAAGGAGCCACCAUUACUGGACCUGCCCCGUUGCGGCAACGGACGGCAGCGCCUCGUGCCGGUGUCUCUCGUCUCGACCCUCGCCUAGUCGCCCGGCUGUCUGUAUAGGCUUGAGGAGUGAGUGGACGUCCGUGGGUCGAGCUAGCCAGCUAGUGAGUGAGUGUGUGUGUGCGCGCCACUGCUUUGCGGCGCUGCGGCUCUCGCGCGGUUCCAUGGCGGUCUCCCGGCUCUCCGUGCUCGUCGCCGCGCUGGCCUGCUGCUGCCUCGCGCGGCUCGCCCAAUGCGGCGGCGGGGGCGGCGGGCAGAACUACACCUCCAUGUUCAGCUUCGGCGACUCCCUGACCGACACCGGCAACCUGCUCGUGUCCAGCCCGCUCUCCUUCAACAUCGUCGGCCGCUUCCCCUACGGCAUGACCUACUUCCACCGCCCCACCGGCCGCUGCUCCGACGGCCGCCUCGUCGUCGACUUCCUCGCGCAAGCGUUCGGGCUGCCGCUGCUGCAGCCGUACCUGUCGCGCGGGGAGGACGUCCGGCAGGGCGUCAACUUCGCCGUGGGCGGCGCCACGGCCAUGGAUCCGCCCUUCUUCGAGGGGAUCGGGGCGUCGGACAAGCUCUGGACCAACCUGUCGCUCAGCGUCCAGCUCGACUGGUUCGACAAGCUCAAGCCUUCACUCUGCGGCUCACCCAAAAGUUGCAAGAAGUAUUUCAGCCGGUCGCUCUUCCUCGUGGGGGAGAUCGGGGGGAACGACUACAACUACGCCUUCUUCAAGGGCAAGACCCUGGACGACGCCAAGUCCUACGUCCCCACCGUCUCCUCCGCCAUCAUCGACGCAACCGAGAGGCUGAUCAAGGCAGGCGCGAUGCACCUGGUGGUGCCGGGGAACCUGCCGAUGGGGUGCUCGUCGGCGUACCUGACGCUGCACCCCGGCAGGAGCAGGAGCGACUACGACGCCGUCGGGUGCCUGAGGACGUACAACGACUUCGCGCAGCGCCACAACGCCAUGGUCCAGCAGAAGCUGCAGGUGCUCCGGCUCAAGUACCCCAAGGCCCGGAUCAUGUACGCCGACUACUACGGCGCGGCCAUGUCCUUCGCCAAGAACCCCAAGCAGUUCGGGUUCAAGCAGGGGCCGCUGAAGACGUGCUGCGGCGGCGGGGGGCCGUACAACUUCAACCCCAAGGCGAGCUGCGGCGUGCGGGGGUCCAGCGUGUGCGCCGACCCGUCGGCGUACGCCAACUGGGACGGCGUCCACCUGACGGAGGCCGCCUACCACGCCAUCGCCGACAGCAUCCUCCACGGCCCCUACACCAGCCCCAGGCUGCUCUGACCCUCAGCCUCCUUGCUUCUAGCGUGUGUGCUUGCUUGUUAAGCUCCGGUAGUUUUCGUGACUGAUCUGUGUAAUGGCUAUGCUAUGGGUGACCAACUGGACAGAAGCUA